CUCCGCCCCCCUGGGCUCCUCUCUGCGCUGUCUGGAGCUACAGCAAGAAGAAAAGGAUGUUGGAAGAGAGAAAGAGGGAAGUAGAGAAGCGCGCGGCUCGCCUGUUACUGACCGUUCCGUAGCUUCCCGGACACUUACCACCUGCUCAUGAAUAGGAAGACAACUUCUUCUUCUCGGAGCACCUUGACAGGAUGGAACCUCAGGUAGGGGAGGAGCCGCCUCCAAACGGAGGAAAAAGGGAUAGUCGUCUAAAGAGCAAGAAGCCCCCCAGUCUCACAAUAGCCAUUCCUCCCCCUGACCACACCAUGUCGAGUGAUCCUGCCAGACAGCCUCUACAAACGUCGGUGAAAAAGAGUGUGAGCCGUCAGGGUCCUGGAUCUACAUCCGACAGCAUCACUGGAGGCGAAGAUGGCAACUACUCAACCGGCGGCAGAAGGCCCAAGUUUGGUAGACAAACAUCACUUUCACAAAGCAUCCGAAAAAAUGCUGCCGAUUGGUUUGGUGUUGGUGAUGACUGUGAAACAAAGCAGCAGCUAUGGCACAGGAAGAGCCUGCGCCACUGCAGCCAGCGCUACGGCAAGCUAAAGGCCCAGUACAGGGAGCCGGAGACGGCAUCCACCUUGGACCAGAACCCAGACUCACCAGCCUCCAACAAGCUGCGCAGGAUUGUGGACCCGCUGGCACGAGGCCGAGCUUUCCGUUACCCAGACGAGAUGGACAGCGGUUUGCCCAGAACACCCCACACAACUCACGGGGGUUCCUUCACGCCAGGGGUCACCUCACUGAGCUCCUUCACCAGCCAGCGCUCGGGUUACACCCGCCUCCCCAGACGGAAGAGGGAGUCUGUGGCCCGCAUGAGCAUCAGAGCUGCCUCCAACCUGCUGAGGGGUCGUAGUGGGUUGGCGGGCUCAACCACCACUCGCAGCUUCGCCCGGAGGAGCUUCCUGCAGCACAGCUGGAUGGACGAGGACACGGUGGAUUCAGCAGACGCAUCGGUGUCGCUUUUUUUCAGCAAGGUCGAUGCCCACGGUGAGAUGUACUCCAUGGCCGAUGAUGUGUUCGAGUCGCCUCCCAUGUCCGCCUCUGUGGCUUCCACCGAGCAUCUGGAGAAGAAGUUCCCCAGCCUUAAGGACGUGUGCACCCCAAAGACCCCCACCGCAGUGUCUGAAAAGGGCCAUCCACUCCGUGGGCGCCGCAUCGCCUCCCAGGUCAAGCAUUUUGCGUUUGACAAAAAGAAGCGUCACUACGGUAUGGGCGUGGUGGGGAAGUGGUUGAACCGAAACUACCGACGCAGCCUUAGCAGCAAUGUCCAGAAGCAGCUGGACGACUUCCAAAGCCACAGGCCCUACUUUACCUACUGGAUAACAUUUGUCCACAUCCUUAUCACACUGCUGGCCUGCUGCACAUAUGGUUUUGCCCCUGUGGGGUUUUCACAGCACUCCAAAACUGAACUAGUCCUGAAGAACAAAGGCGUUUAUGAAAGUGUAAAGUUUAUCCAACAGGAGAACUUCUGGAUCGGCCCUAGCUCAGAGGACCUAAUCCACCUUGGGGCCAAGUUCUCACCCUGCAUCCGACGGGACGAGCAGAUAGUCCAUAUGAUCCAGAAAGACAAAGACCUGGAGAGAGAAUCCGGCUGUUGCAUCCAGAAUGACGACUCCGGAUGUGUUCAGACCCACAGACUCGACUGCUCGGAUUCGCUGGCCACCUUUAAGAAAUGGAGCAAUGAAUCUGUGGACGUGGUCAGGUCCUCUGGCUCUGUGUGCCAUCAGGAUCCCAGAGUGUGUGAAGAGCCAGCCUCAGCACCGCCUCAUACAUGGCCAGACGACAUCACCCAGUGGCCGGUCUGCACAUAUCCCAGGAAGUGGAACAACACAGGCUACAGACACAUGGACUGUACUAUUAAAGGGCGACCGUGCUGCAUAGGCACUAAGGGCAGAUGUGAGAUCACAACCAGAGAGUACUGCGCUUUUAUGCAUGGUUACUUCCAUGAGGAGGCCACGCUCUGCUCACAGAUCCACUGUCUGGAUGAUGUCUGCGGCUUGCUGCCCUUCCUGAAUCCAGACGUUCCUGAUCAGUUCUACCGACUGUGGCUGUCGCUCUUCCUCCACGCUGGGCUCUUUCACUGUGCGGUGUCAGUGGUGUUCCAGAUGACCAUACUGAGGGACCUGGAGAAGCUGGCAGGUUGCGCACGCAUCUCCAUCAUUUACAUCUUCAGUGGCAUCACCGGGAACCUCGCCUCUGCCUUGUUCCUGCCCUACAGAGCUGAGGUGGGUCCGGCAGGGUCCCAGUUUGGACUCCUUGCUUGCCUCUUCGUUGAGCUUUUCCAGGGUUGGCAGAUGCUGGAAAAGCCAUGGAAGGCCUUCCUCAAACUCCUGGGCAUUGUGCUCUUCCUCUUCCUGUGUGGCCUUCUGCCGUGGAUCGACAACAUCGCCCACAUCUUCGGUUUUAUCAGCGGACUGUUCCUCUCCUUCGCUUUCCUGCCUUACCUCACCUUCGGAACCUUUGACAAAUACCGCAAGUGGGUCCUCAUCGUUGUGUCCUUGCUCGCCUACGUCGGGCUCUUCUCCUCCCUCGUGGUUUGGUUUUAUAUUAAACCAAUAAACCUCCACUGGCUGGAGCAUCUCACCUGCCUCCCCUUCACAAACAAGUUUUGUGAAAAGUAUGACAUAGACCACAACAUUAAUGACGUGGUGCACUAAUCUUCAGGUCAUGUUUUUAAGAAUUUGACAAUCAGUUUUUACAUUGUGAAUAAAACUGGAAGCUUCCUCUCUCUCUCCCCCGGUCUAUUGACUCCGUCCUAAAUCCCAUUCAAGUGUGCCAGUCCUCAGGCAGGACUGGUAUGCCCCGGGUUUUUUAUUUGUUCACUAGCAAGCAACUCCCCUGGGCCAAAGAACAAGGAAACAUGGUUUAAUAGAGGGUCAAGUCAAUGGAGAAGACGGGAGCACCUCUGCCCAACGGUCGCUGUCCCUUUAAGUCUACAUGCAAUAAUAACCUCGGUGGGACAAAGCACUGACUGUUUAAAGUAGUAUGAAAUGAACAUGCAUCAGACGCUUCCUAUGAGUAAUUCCUUUUUGCAGUAUUUGGUUUCAACACUACAAAAACGGUCAGUGGUUCUGCUGCUCCUUUUUAUAAAGUAAAACAAGUUUAAAGGGACAAUUUUGUUUUUAUUGUUGCCUGGAUGCAAAGAGUGGUUAAUGCGCCAAUGGUGUACGUAGGUAAACGUAUAGUUCACUUUUCUUGGGUUUUAGCCUCUUCUUUUGAUGAGCUACACCCAGCCCAGCAAAUCUGUACAUGAUGAUCCUACACUGCAAACUUUAGUUAGUUUUUAUUUUACAGUGUGGGAUCCUUAAACUCUUCAUUGUGUUCCCUCCAAAAGUUGCAAAAAGUGUCAUUUUGCUGCUUUUCACCACUUAGAUUUGGUACUGAGCUCUACAAAAGUAUUCACACCUGUUGAAUGGUUCCACAUUUUGCCGUAUCACAGCCACAGACUUCAAUACAUUUUAAUGGGAUUUUAUGCAACAAACCAACUGAAAGUAGCAUAGAAUUCACAACCAGGAGAAAGUUUGUGGUUUAUUUUUAUUUAUUUUUUACAAACCUCUACGAAGUGUGACAUAAAGUUGUUUUCAGAUCUCUUUACUCUGAGCCCCCUAAAUAAUCCACAGUGCAGCCAUUUGUCUUCAGAGGUAAUUGAAUUAAUAAAGAAUUGUCUGUGUGUAAACUGUGUAAGACCAAGGAACACAACAGGGAUAAAGUUUACCCCCAAAACACCACCCCCACCGUCAUAGAGGAGAAAGGUGGUGGCAGCAUCAUGCUGUGGGGCGCUGAGAAGAUGCUGAUGAUCAAUGAGAAGAUGGGUAGAGUUAGACAUAAAGCAGUACUGGAAGAAAACCUGUUGGAGGCUGCAAAAAACGAAAGUCAGGGCCGAAGGUUUGCCUUCCUGUCUCUGUACUGAAAUGUGCUAUACAAAUAAAUUUGCCUUGCCUUGCCUUACAGGACAUCGAGCCUUAACAAGCAGCCAGAACUAGAAAGGAAGGGUUUGACUGAGCCAUAUUAACAUGUGAAUAUGUUCGAUCUAAAGUCCAGACCUAAAUACAAUUUAGACUGUGCGACAAAACUCAAAAAUUGAUGUUCAAAGGAACUUUCCAUCCAAUCUGACUGCAGUAGAGCCAUUUUGAAAAGAAUGGGCAUAACACUCUGUUUCCAGCUGAUGCAGAAAUAUCCAAAAGACUUGCAGCUGUAAAGAAAAAAAAAAUUUCUACGAAGUACAAAUGUACUCCGUUCUUCACAUUUUUACAUUUAGAAAAUGUUGAAAACCAUGUAGAACUUCAGUCAUGCAGCGCUUUGAGAUCACAUGAAUUCCUCCAGCAAACGGUAAAAAAAACGUUAAGCCGUAUGAAUACUUGUCCAAGGCACUGUACAGCUUUAAAACCAUAAACUAGUGAAACUAGUCGUGUCUUUUCAGUGUUCUGUUUGGAAAAUAGAGCUGUCCAAAUUCCAAAAAACCUUGGAAAUGGCCCCUUUUUUGCCAUCUGCUGAAUGAAUAAAGCACCAACAAAAUCCGAAGCUCAUUGCUAACAUUAUCUUCCAUACAUUCCUCUAAACAAUCAGCUGGAAUAGUUGGAGUGAAAUAUCAGCCAUCGCCUCUGAAGCCACUUGCUGCCUUAAACAGAGAUGCCUCACUCUCCCCGCAGAUACCUUUUUUUUUUGGGAUGAAUUUGGAUGAAUUUAGUGAAUUAAACGGCAAACUCUGCUACCAAAGUGACUUCACAUGCUGCGUUGUUAUGCUCCGAUAUUCAGCUUGUGGUUCGCUGCCACAAACAUGUUGUCCCUCAGCACAUCUUUAAAUUUGUGUGAUGCCAUGUCACAAUUCCUCAUGGUCAUAUUUAUUGUAGGGUUAAACUCGCCAAGGCUUUUCUUGUUGUUGAAUUUUAAGUUGUACCUCUGAGCUAAGACGCUUGGUCCAAUCGCCCCUCUUUAUUUGGGUCCCAGCUUGUUGCCUUGGUUGGUUCAUGACUUUCCAUGUUGCUGUUUUGACGGCUCCCCCCGACAAUGUGAGCAGGGUAGGCGUAAGAACCCUGACAAGUGAGAAAUUCAAACUGGAUGGGACUGUUUUUUUUUUUUUUUUUUUUUUUUUUUAAGUAUUUGGCUAUGCGUCGGCCUGCUGUCUGAAAAUGCCACGGUAAUGUUGUGAGGAGGGUUGUGUGGGCGUACGUCAUAAAAUCACAGUAGUCAGUGAGACGGACUCGCCAGUCAUCUGGUAUUUGUGAGAAAACAACGAUAAACGGGUAAAUCAGGACGCUUCCUCUGCCGUUUGAUGUUGGAGCAGCUGGAGCGGCUCACGUCAACCAUCAGGACUGUAACCUGCUGUCCGUUAGGACCAAAUCAUUCAUGUUGAUUUUUUUUUUUUUUUUUUUUUUUUAUAUAUAUUUAUUUAAGGGGGAAAAAUGGGAAAUUUCUAUUGAAGCUAAGGUGAUGGCUUUGAUACUGUUCUGUGUUGAUUCACUUCUAUUGCAUCUGUUAAAAAAUGUACAUUUUUAAAGAAGCCACGUUAAAAUAAAAACACCACUGCAUUGAA